AUGGCCCAAACCCCGCAACAGAGACAAGCCAACAUGCGCUUCGCCAAGGCGCAGGAGAAGAAGAUGGGCAUGCCCGACCAGCCCGUUGUCCCGCGCAAACUGGGCCCGCAGAAGAGUCCGAUCAGCAGGGUGUGGAUUAUCCUCCUCGGCUUCGCCCUCUGCGGCGGUCUCCUCUUUGAAAUCCUCAGACUCUUCUUCUAA